UGGAGCCCGCAGUUCGUGACCUCAUCUGAGAGUACCACGACGUUUUCCCAUCGUCGUUCUCGUAUGCCGGCAUCCCACCGAUGCGUGAUGUCGAGCACUCCAUUCAGCUUGUGCCUAACUAUCGUGUUCACCACCGAGCACCCUACAGACUCUCGAUCCCCAAGGCUACCGAACUCAAGCGUCAGCUUGAGGAGCUCCUGAGACUGGGUUUCAUUAAACCCAGCAACUCCCCGUGGGGUGCACCCGUCCUCUUUGCUCGCAAAACGGAUGAAACUCUUCGUCUCUGCAUCGACUACUGCGGUCUCAACCGCUACACGGUUAAGAACAACUACCCCAUGCCUCGUUCCGAUGAGUUGUUCGACCGCCUAGCAGGUAACCGCUUCUUUACGAAGAUUGAUCUUCGUAGCGGUUACCAUCAGAUCCACGUCGCUGCAGCCGACCAGUCGAAGACCACGUUCCGAUCGCGCUUCGGCCACUACGAGUUUACGGUGAUGCCAUCCGGCCUCACCAACACACCCGCUACCUUCCAGAGGGCGAUGGACGACAUCUUCAGGGACAUCCUGAAGCACUAUGUUCUCAUUUACCUCGACGAUAUCCUGGUCUACAGUCGUACUCUUGAGGAGCACCUCAGACACCUCCGCGACGUCCUUGACCGCUUGCGCAGACAUGGCUUCUACGACAUGCUGAGCAAGUGCCAUUUUGCCCAGCACAAAGUGGAUUUCUUAGGACACUACGUGUCUGACCAGGGUCUCCACAUGGACGACGCGAAGAUCACUGCUAUUGCGGACUGGCCCUCUCCCACAUCCGCCAAGCAGCUUCGCAGCUUCCUAGGCCUGACCAGCUACUAUAGUGAUUGUCCGAUAGCCUUCUACUCCCGUCAGCUCCUUCCCGCCGAGAUAAACUAUACCGCUGAUGAACGUGAGGUUCUCGCAGUAGUUUAUGCCGCUCGGCAUUGGCGUCACUACCUGCACGGGGCACCGUUCAUGGUGCGUACGAACAACUCUGUUGUCCAGGCUUUUCUGACAAAACCGAAGCUCACUCCUCGAGAGGCUCGUUGGUGGUGCGACCUAUCCGAGCUUAGUUUCACCACUGAGCACAUCAAGGGUGAGACUAAUCAGGUCGCAGAUGCCUUAUCCCGGCGCCUUGACCACGACCAGGAGCAGAUCCAGCUCUCUUCCAUCUCCGUCACCACUGUCCACCACUCGGUGAUCGACGAGUUUCGCACUCAGUACCGCCACUGCCCCGACUAUCGCGACAUCCACGCGACCCUUCGGAGUGGCAAGACCGUCCCGAACUACUCUCUCGGGGACAACGGUCUCGUGAGUUGUCCCGCGCGGGAUGAUUGGGUUGCACAUAUGACGUCGAUCAUGAAGACCGCACAUGAGCACAUAGUCGUUUCCCAGACUCGCAUGGCCGCACGUGCGAACCGAUCGAGGAUGGAUCAUCCAUUCAAAGUCGGUGAUGAUGUGCUUAUCGACGCCCGCCACUUACAGCUCGAAGCGGACAUGCUUCGCAAGUUUCGACGUCGCUUCUUUGGACCAUGCCGCAUCCUCCAGACCGUUGGUUUUGAUACGACAUCUAGCCCAGUCAGCUUCCGUGUGAAGCUGGCCGACUACCUACACCAAGCUCGUGUGCACGAUGUCUACCACGUCUCGUUACUGCGUCCGUACCGCAGACCGUCUGAGUGUUUUGCUGGACGACAAUACGAGCGCCCUCCACCCAUCAUGGUGGACGACCACGAGGAGUUCCUCGUUUCAGACAUCAUUGGUCGCCGAGUCACCGACGACAACCCUCCCCACAUCGAGUAUCUCGUACGUUGGAAGGGUUACCCUGAUGAGGAGGCUACAUGGGAGCCCGUCGAGCACUUGCAGCACGCUCGCAUGUUGGUGCGUGCCUAUGACCGUGCUCGUCAUGCUGGGUUCACUGCUCCUCCUCAGCCCACUGACCCUCCUCCUUCUCCCCCGGCUGAGGAGACCGCUGAAGUCGAGCCUGCUCUAUCUGAGGCAGACCUUCAGCAGCAGCCGGAUGCUUCUGAGCGUCCACAACGCACUUGUCGUCGUCUUGCUCGAUACGACGAUUGACUCUGACUUACCUUCCCACGUCUUUGACUUCUCAGUACUUCAUCCACUCCAAUUUUGCUAUUUCAGCUCGUCGA